AUGGCUUCUCUUGUGGGUUUUUAUCCGCAAACGCUCUUCUUCUCUCGCCGGGAAGGCUGUCGGAAUGCUAGAUCGAUUGGCAGAGUCUUCACGGCCUCCCCCAUCGGAUCCUCCGCCGUCACCGAAGUUGAGACUCCAAACAAACCCUUCGCACCUCGCGAUUUGCAUCUUCAAGUCACUCACUCGUUGCCGCCCCAGAAGAUUGAGAUUUUCAAGUCAUUACAGGAUUGGGCGGAAACUAAUAUCUUGGUGCAUUUGAAGCCUGUCGAAAAGUGUUGGCAGCCACAAGACUUGCUGCCCGAUCCUUCUUCCGAGGGAUUUUACGAGGAAGUCAGUGAACUGAGAGAACGCUGCAAGGAGAUUCCUGAUGAUUAUCUUGUUUGCUUGGUCGGAGACAUGAUCACCGAGGAAGCCGUUCCUACAUAUCAAACAAUGCUCAACACUUAUGAUGGCGUUCGAGAUGAGACGGGUGCGAGCCCUACUUCUUGGGCCAUUUGGACAAGGGCUUGGACCGCUGAAGAAAAUAGACACGGUGACCUUCUCAACAAGUACCUAUAUCUAUCUGGAAGAGUGGACAUGAGGCAGAUUGAGAAAACAAUUCAGUAUCUGAUUGGAUCAGGAAUGGAUCCUGGCACUGAGAAUAAUCCGUACCUGGGCUUCAUAUACACUUCAUUUCAAGAGAGAGCCACCUUCAUAUCCCAUGGGAACACCGCGAGGCAUGCCAAGGAACACGGGGACCUCAAAUUGGCUCAGAUAUGUGGAAUAAUUGCGUCCGACGAGAAGCGCCACGAGACUGCAUACGCUAAGAUAGUCGAGAAACUGUUUGAGAUAGAUCCCCAAGGCACUGUGCUGGGAUUUGCAGACAUGAUGAAGAAGAAGAUCACAAUGCCUGCCCAUCUGAUGAACGAUGGUCGAGACAGUAACCUCUUUGAGCACUAUUCAGCAGUUGCUCAGCGGUUGGGUGUGUACACCGCGAAGGACUACGCAGACAUACUCGAGUUCCUCCUUGACAGGUGGAAGAUACGCGAUCUAGCUGGUCUUUCUGGUGAAGGGAACAGGGCCCAGGAAUUUGUGUGUACUUUGGCUUCCAGAAUAAGAAGACUUGAAGAAAGAGCACAAGCGAAGGCUAAACAAGCUCCUACCAUUCCCUUCAGUUGGAUUUACGACAGGAAGGUGCGACUCUAA